CGUGAUCAACACUGUCAUGGCUGCCCCCUCGUUUCUCACGUUGUUGUGAUCGUAUGUUAAGUCUCCGAGAGCCUGUUCUCAGUCAAGGAAACGUGGAUUGCACGUGGCGCUUAUACCAACCCAACGUUAGAAACUUCGCGAGGUUAGCGGAACUCGCUUAUUUUUCAGCUGUGCCAUUUGUAGGAAAAUGAAGACAAAGAAGAUGAAAGCGAAAAACAAAGGUAUGUCCUCUGGGCUGCGGAAGCCAGCGAAACGUUGCAUCGACAUGAAGGGCAAGUGGAAAACCGUGGAGCUCGAUCCCAGCGUGUUCUCCGAGGAGGGCUUGGAGGGUCUGGUGUGUUUUGAAGAGCUCACGGAUUAUCGUUUACUAGACAGUGAAAAGGCUGCAACCAUAGCAGCAAACGAGCUGAAAAAGGAGAAGAAGAAAGCAAAGAAAAGAAAAGCUGAUGAUGGCGAGGAGGCUGGAGAGAAGGAAGAUUCGGAGAUCAAAGAGGGAGAGAGCGCAGCUGAGCCAGCAAAGAAAAAAGCCAAGAAGAAGAAGAGGAGGAAAAACAAGAAAGGGGUUGUAAAGGAAUCGGAUAACAUUUCUGCACAAGAUGUAAAGCAGAAGGCUAAUGCUGCCCCUGAGCAGGGAGGAGAAGAUGAGUUAGCAGAUGAAGAUCCUGCAAAAGAUUCAGCUGCCAUCGCUGCAGACUCAAAAGAUGCAAAGAAGACCAAUAAGAAGAAGAAAGAGAGAAAAAGGCAGCAGAGAGUAAAGGAUACAGUCCCAAAAGAACAGCAGAAACCUGAGUCUUCAUCAGAGCUGGAAAAAGAAAAAUCUAGUCAAGUGACAAAGGCCCCACAAAAGAAGGCCAAAAAUUGGACAAAUGCUGCACUUUCUGGGUCUGAUGACAAAAAUGUUGACAUGAGUGCAUGGAAGGACCUGUUUGUUCCCUCUCCUGUGCUAAAGGCACUGAGCAAUCUUGGAUUUGGUUCGCCAACACCCAUCCAAGCCCUGGCUUUGCCUCCAGCUAUCAGGGAUCGUCUGGAUAUACUGGGGGCGGCUGAGACGGGAAGUGGCAAGACCCUGGCUUUUGGCAUUCCCAUAAUUCAUACCAUCCUGGAGUGGAAGAAUAGCACUGAAAAAACUGACACUGAAGACACUGAACCAAUCACAAAGGUGGAGAGUUUGUAUUUACCACCUGUAGAUGAGUGCACAGAAUCAAUUGAAGAGGAUCACAAGGGGGGAGUGGAGGCUUCUCAAGAAGACGAUGAAGGUGAGGAAGAUCAGAAUCAAGGAGACUCAGAUGAAAAUGAACCCAACGAUGUAGAAAAUGAGCAGCUUGGAUGCGUCCAGGUAAUCAAAGAUGCAGAGUUUGAUUUUGAUGAAAAACCUGCUGGUGCUCAGAGUCGCCCCCUGCUUGGACUGGUUCUCACUCCCACCAGGGAACUGGCUGUUCAGGUCAAACACCAUAUUGACGCUGUCGCAAAAUUCACAGAUAUCAAAACAGCCUUAGUGGUGGGUGGAAUGGCACAACAGAAACAAAGACGGGUGCUGAAACGCAGGCCAGAGAUCAUUAUAGCUACUCCAGGGCGUCUGUGGGACUUGAUCAAGGAGAGGCACCCACAUCUGCUCAACCUCAGGCAGCUCAGGUGCCUGGUCAUUGAUGAAGCCGAUCGCAUGGUAGAAAGAGGACAUUUCGCCGAGCUGGAGAAUUUGCUGGAAAUGCUUAAUACCACUCACUUCAAUCCUGUGAGGCAAACGUUUGUGUUCUCUGCCACUUUGACAAUGGCUCACAGCCUGCCCACUCGCCUCCUUCAAAAGAAGAAGAAUCUGGACCAGAGGAACAAGCUGGAAAUUCUUAUGGAGAAAGUGGGGAUAAAGUCCAAGCCCAAAGUCAUUGACCUCACCAGGAAGCAGGCAACUGUGGAGACGCUGAUUGAGACACAAAUCUACUGUCAGAAAGAUGAGAAGGACUUCUACCUCUACUACUUCCUGCUCCAGUAUCCUGGGCGCACCAUGGUUUUCGCCAACAGUAUUGACUGCAUCAAGAGGCUGAACGCUCUACUGGUUAUCCUAGACUGUACUCCGCUGCCGCUACAUGCCAACAUGCACCAGAAGCAACGGCUCAAAAACCUGGAGAGGUUUGCAGAGAGGGAAAGUUGUGUUCUUCUGACAACUGAUGUGGCAGCAAGAGGCCUGGAUAUCCCCAAUGUUCAGCAUGUUAUUCACUACCAGGUUCCUAGAACAUCAGAGACUUAUGUGCACCGCAGUGGCAGAACAGCAAGAGCUACUAAAGAGGGCCUCUGUUUGCUGCUAAUAAGCCCGGAUGACAUGAUGAACUUCAAAAAGAUAUGCAAGACCCUUGGAAAGGACGAAGCGCUUCCCACAUUCCCCAUCGAGACCAAAUGCAUGGACGCAAUCAUGGAGCGAGUAAACUUGGCCAGGAGUAUUGAGAAGAUGGAGUACUACAACAGCAGGGAGAAACAACAUGACUCCUGGCUCAAACAGGCAGCAGAAGCUCUGGAGGUGGAUCUGGAUGAUGAUCUAUUAAUUGGCAAAACAAAGGAUGAGGAUGCAGACAGAGAGCAUCAGAGGAUAGUGAAGGGGAUGAAAAAGGACUUGAAGCGUUUGAUUUCACAGCCUAUUUUCAGGAGUGUCAUAAAUACCAAGUACCCUACUCAAAUGGGAAAGCUGUCCCUGCCCCAAAUCCCUGUUGCUGGGAUAGAAACUGCCCUAACCAGAGUUUCAACACAGGAGAAGAAACAGAAGUUAAAGAAAAGGAUCCCUCCAUGGCAGAAGAAACAAAAUAAGAAGAGAGAGAAGCAGAAGCCACAGUGACUUGUUUAUUGAAAUGUUUAUUAAAAAAAAAAAAAAAAAGUCAUCUUU